CAAUUCUUUUUUUCAAUACUUGAAAAAGAACAACCAAAAAUGAUUGAGUACCAGCAGAGACUUGUGUCAUUCAAGGAUGUGGUUGUGAACUUCACACAGGAAGAGUGGCACAGGCUGAGUCCCGCGCAGAGGGCCCUGUAUCGGGAUGUGAUGCUGGAGACCUACAGCAACCUCGUGGCAGUGGGUUAUGAAGGCACCAAACCGUAUGUGAUCCUCCGGCUGGAGCAGGAAGAGGCGCCAUGGAUUUGUGAGGCAGCGUGCUCCGGCUGCCACUGUCGUGAAAACAUUUGGCAAGUUAAUGUCCAGAGAAAAAGGCGGCCAGAAGUACUUCUGAGGCAAGGAGCAUUCAUCAGCAAGAAAACAGUGACCAAGGAAAGGAGCCAGGUAUAUAAUAAGUUUGGCAAAGUCUCACCUCUGAUGAGCCCUGAUCGUUUCCCUUCAAUUUCAAACCCCAGUCACCGGGACCCCUACGGCAAGACUGUGAACUCUCAUUUAGACCUAAUUGGUUUUAAGAGAAACUAUUCCAAAAAGCAGGAUGAGUGCUACAGAUAUGGGAAACUGUUGCAGCAUACAAACCAUGAUAGAAGAGCCACUGGGGAAAAGCUGUGGGAAUGCAGCCACUGCGAGAAAGCACUGAGCCCUACCCCGGCCUUGCUGUAUAAACCCGCGGUUGCCAGUUCUCUGGUGUACAAACGGAAGAGGGUGUCACCCACUGAGAAGCCCCACGUCUGCAGUGAGUGUGGGAAGGCCUUCUGCUACAAGUCGGAAUUCAUCAGGCAUCAGAGAAGCCACACGGGGGAGAAGCCCUACGGGUGCACGGACUGUGGGAAAGCUUUCUCACAUAAGUCGACCCUCAUCAAGCACCAGCGAAUUCACUCAGGGAUCAGACCCUUCGAGUGCUUUUUCUGUGGGAAGGCCUUCACCCAGAAGUCACACCGCCGCGAGCAUCAGAGAACACAUACCGGAGAGAGACCGUUUGUGUGCAGUGAGUGUGGGAAGUCAUUUGGCGAAAAGUCAUACCUCAAUGUACAUCGAAAAAUACAUACUGGGGAAAGGCCAUAUCGUUGCAGAGAAUGCGGAAAAGCCUUCAGCCAGAAGUCAUGCCUCAACAAACAUUGGCGGACACACACUGGAGAGAAACCCUACGGAUGCAAUGAAUGUGGCAAGGCUUUCUACCAGAAGCCAAACCUUAGUAGACACCAGAAAAUUCAUGCUCGGAAGAAUACCUUUAGGAAUGAAAACAUCAUGAUUGUGGGAAAGCCUUGAACAAGAUCAACAGUUUUCAUUGUUCCUGCUUAGGAGAACUGGCAUGGG